AUGACGAUUACACAUCCUGUUGCUCAGUUAACUGCUGAGGCAUACCCCAAAGUCAAGAGAAACCCAGAUUUUAAAGUUCUCGAUUCAGCAGAUUUAGCGUAUUUUCGUUCGAUUUUGUCAAACGAUGAAAUCAUAAACUCUCAAGCUCCUGAAGAGCUUGCUUCGUUCAACCAGGAUUGGAUGAAGAAGUAUAGAGGCCAGUCCAAUUUAAUUCUCUUGCCAAAUUCUACUGACAAAGUGUCCAAGAUUAUGAAAUACUGUAAUGAUAAAAAAUUGGCAGUGGUGCCACAAGGUGGUAACACUGACUUAGUCGGGGCUUCUGUUCCGGUAUUUGAUGAAAUUGUUCUUUCUCUAAGAAAUAUGAACAAAGUCAGAGACUUUGAUCCUGUUAGCGGGACUUUCAAAUGUGACGCAGGUGUCAUUAUGCGUGAUGCACACAAAUUUUUACAUGACCAUGACCAUAUUUUCCCAUUGGACCUGCCUUCCAGAAACAACUGCCAAGUGGGUGGUGUGGUCUCGACAAAUGCAGGUGGUUUGAACUUUUUGAGAUAUGGCUCACUACACGGUAAUGUUUUGGGUUUGGAGGUAGUGCUACCCAACGGUGAGAUUAUCAGCAAUAUCAAUGCCUUAAGGAAGGACAACACUGGUUAUGACUUGAAACAAUUAUUCAUUGGUGCAGAGGGUACAAUCGGUGUCAUUACUGGUGUAUCUAUAGUUGCAGCAGCAAAACCAAAAGCUUUGAAUGCCGUCUUUUUUGGUAUUGAGGAUUUUGAUACUGUUCAGAAAUUAUUUGUCAAGGCUAAAAGUGAAUUAUCUGAGAUUUUAUCUGCUUUUGAAUUCAUGGACCGUGGCUCCAUUGAAUGUACGAUAGAAUACCUGACAGAUUUGCCUUUCCCUCUGGAGAACCAACACAACUUUUACGUUCUUAUUGAAACUUCAGGCUCUAAUAAAAGACAUGAUGAUGAAAAGCUGACUGCUUUCCUCAAAGAUACUAUAGAUUCCAAAUUGAUUUCUGAGGGUAUGAUGGCCAAGGACAAAGCUGAUUAUGAUAGACUUUGGACUUGGAGGAAAUCCGUUCCAACGGCUUGUAAUUCUUACGGUGGUAUGUACAAAUAUGACAUGUCACUUCAAUUGAAAGAUUUAUACUCUGUAUCUGCAGCUGUGACGGAGAGAUUGAAUGCAGCUGGUUUAAUUGGUGAUGCACCAAAACCAAUUGUUAAAUCAUGUGGUUAUGGUCAUGUUGGUGACGGAAACAUCCAUUUAAAUAUUGCGGUAAGAGAAUUUACAAAACAGAUUGAGGACCUACUGGAACCAUUUGUUUAUGAAUAUAUCGCAUCAAAGAAGGGUUCCAUCAGUGCUGAACAUGGGAUUGGUUUCCAUAAGAGAGGUAAAUUACACUACACCAGAAGUGAUAUUGAGAUAAGAUUUAUGAAAGAUAUUAAACAUCACUACGAUCCAAAUGGAAUCUUGAAUCCAUAUAAGUACAUUUGA